CCAUUGAAAGUGAAACGCGCACUUCAAGAGCAGGACGGGAGUUGAUUCUUUUUCGGGGUUUUUGCUUUUAUUUUGCUACGGCAGCCAGAGUUACGUUUGCUCUGAUUUCGUAACUUCAUUCAGUAUCCUGCUCUCAUCUCGCGUGCCACCACUGGCAACAGCUCCAGCAAGAAGUAGUAGUAUAGUACCGAAGCAGUCUAUCUCGGUCGCACAGUCGGCUGCUGGACAUCAACAACCACGCGACACACACCGCCUCCCUCCGCAACUGCCACGACACCGUCGGAUCGGGCCACAAACGAGACUUCAACAGAUCAGAAGAAGCGGCGGCCAAAAAAUUUUAAUGGGUACUUACCUCGCGUGCCAUCGUUGACUACCGUCAGUCGUGUAUUGAUUUUCCCAGCGUGCAGACGUGUACGCUCUCCUUCGGUGUGUUUUUUGGCCACUACCAAAUAUGAUGGUGCAUUGAGCAACCCAACAACAGUCAACAUACGGAUUCAACCAAGCAGAGUGCACCUGAAUUAAAACGGAAAUUUUGUUGAAAUUAAACCAAACACAAACAAGGCACGGCCCAAGUUCCUCCCGCGUGGAAGUCUAGUAGUAGUAGUUAUAGUACUAGUACUGAACAGUAGCGGUACUAGCGUUAGUUAAUAGCAGAUCUAGUUAAGUACUUCGUCAAAUGUGAUACGCUGAAGAUACGCACUGUAAGCAGGGUGUGAUCGAAAGUGAUUACCGGGGAUUACCUACGUGAAAGUUUGUAUGUAACCCGGGGAUUGAAAACAAAACAAAAAUUUUGAACGAGACACAGUGAAUUUAGUGUGCAAAUAGUGUGAAUUUAGUUACGUGUUAGCCGUGUUUUAACAAACCGGGCUAAAAUCGGGAGAGCAUUUCGGACUCCAGGAGAGUGUUGCUGUAAAAUAUUGACAGCACAACACAAACAAAUCAACCGCCAACCGACCGCGAGAUCGGUUUUCGUCAUCCAAGCAGGCAAUGGCAUUGUCAUUGCUGCAGGAAGCGCAAACAGCACGAGGAUUAGCCGCCGUUCGUUCCCUGCAAAGCAUGAAACGUGAAGACGAUCGUAGUAUGUCCGUGUCGCCGCCGUUGACCGGUCAGCAUCAUCACCAUCUUCAGCAGCACCACCAUCAUCUAGGUAUGAGCUUGAAUCCCAGUCCUAACAUCUUCGGAGGUUAUCAUCCGACGGCUUCGGCAAUGGGCAUGUUGGCACCACAGCUACUAGCCGCCAACCAGACGGCAGCCGCCCUGAUGGCCGCCAACCUGCCGAUGUCCUUGAGGGCAACUUUGGCCACCGGCCUGUUCCCGCCCCAUCCGGCCUUGUUUGGAGCCUGGGCCCCACCAACACCGAACAGCAACAACAACAGUCCACCGCCACCCCAAAGCCCCAUCUCGCCUGCUCUAAGCCAAAAGAGCUCCAAAUCUCUCAAACUCACCGCCAACAACAACCACAUCGUAUCGACCACUUCGGAAAUCCUACCUCAACAGAAGAAGCUUGCAAAGCGGAAACAAAUCUCUCUCAAACCCGAAUCUGCACUGCUUCAGAUGCCCGGCCAAACCAUGCCCGUCGAUAUCCCCAACAUGGACAUGGUCAGCCCGGGCCCUAUCUCACCGCCUACCUCUGGCUCGUCGCCCCAAUCUAACGGAAGCCUCGAAAUGCCACCUGCCAUCACUACCUCGACAAGGGAUCCCUCCCGUGAUAAGGUUUUCACCUGCAAGAUCUGCAACCGCUCUUUCGGCUACAAACACGUCCUCCAGAAUCACGAGCGAACCCACACCGGCGAGAAACCCUUCGAAUGUCCCGAGUGCCACAAACGCUUCACCCGGGAUCACCAUCUGAAAACACACAUGCGACUGCACACCGGCGAGAAACCCUACUCUUGUACCCACUGUGAUCGCCAGUUUGUCCAGGUCGCGAACCUCCGACGGCAUCUGCGAGUGCACACCGGCGAGAAACCCUACGAGUGUGAAAUGUGCGAACAAAAGUUCAGCGAUUCCAACCAGCUGAAGGCUCACAUGCUCAGCCACAGCGGUCAGCGGCCAUUUCAUUGUGAUAGGUGUAACUCCAGUUACCGCCGGCGGCACCAUCUGCUGCAUCACAAGUGCGGCAUCACGAGUCCACCGACGCCCGCCAUCAGUCCAUCGAUGUCGCUCUGCGAUCAGAAAUCCGGCUGCUCCGAAGUGUCGGACCUCUCGAUGGAACUCAAACCUCCCGUCUUGCUACAUCAAAAGCUUUCCGGCCUAUCGCUUCCGUUGGACUUCAGCUCACCGGACGCCCGCAGCCACCAUCAUGCGGCCGCCAUCGAUCUGCGAUCGAUCCGAACGCCCCAGCAGAUCACUCACAUCAAAACCAGUCUACCGGAGCAAACGGAACCGGAAGACCUCAGCAUGCAUUCGCCCCGCUCUCCAGUCACCAUGGAAGAACUGGAAGAGCUGGACGAUGCCGCCUCGCUGUACCUGAAGCAGCGCCAGCAAAAACUGGCUCUUGCCGCCGCUGCUGCGAUGGCCGCCGCCACCAACGGACCAGCCCAACGUCACGGUAUGGAAUCAUAAAUGCCCUCCUUUUUCCUCCUGUCCCAAAUAAAAACCUCCCAAAUAAUAACGUGUUGUUGUCAACGGAUACCAAAUAAUCGAACAAUGCCAAGAGAAAGUAAAAAAAGUAGCUUAGUUAAGUGAAAAAGCCAUAUAUAUGAAGCAUAUAUUUAAAAAUCAAAGAAAACCUAUAUAUAUACAUGCAUAUAUUGAUAAUCUACCCCCCAAGGCUAGCAAUUGGUAGUAAUCGUCCCCUCUCUCCUUCACAAUGCGAAAAUCGACCAAGGUCUGGCCGCCAUUUUGUGUUUCAUCGAGCGAAAAAAACUGUACAUAUAAUUUCCGUCAGCACACCCUUCCCUUGUAGCAGCCCACAACAGAAAAAAAUUCACCCAAAAAGCAACACAAAAUGGCGACUGGUUUGUCAUUUCGUAUCUGAUAAAACCAAUCGCGGGAAGAAAUCGCUAAAAAACAAUGUGUACAAAACACGGGUUUCACAGUCUAAUCAGGGAUUUUUACUGACCUGUCACCUGUCAGAAACCAACUGCUUUUGUUAUGUUUACUUUAUUUGUUUCCAAUUAAAAAAACAAAACACAUACACACUGAACUAGACGUAAACCCGAACGACGAUUAAUAGAAAUGGUAUGCAAGUUCCUCCGAAACACACAGCAGGCCACGGGCAGUAGGGAUGAGAUGAAAAAGAAAGUAAAGUAAAAAAAAAGGUGCAAAUGAUAAACAUUGAAAAAGUCGAAGAUGGCCUCGAAAUGGAACCAGCGAGCGGUGCCUGGUAUGGCAGCGAAAUUAAGUUGUUAUAUACGUAUAUAUGUGUUUUCCAAUGCUCCGGGAAACAGGAAAGUUUUGAGCUUAGGUUUAGAGCGGUUUUCGGUUGGUUUAUUUCCUCUAGGAUAAAUGUGGUCUGAUGUAAUCCGAUAGAAUCUCAACGAAAAAUCAUUCUAGUUUUUUUUUUUUUGAACUUUUUUUUGAAAGUUGGUUCUAGACACAGAAAACAAAAACAGCGAACAAUCAAAAUUCGAGUAUAGUGACAAAAAACUAAGACAGCUUUCGAAAGCUUUUAAAACUGUAUAUUUCUAUUUUCUGUUUAUUUUAGGUGGAAAAAGUUAUUCAAAAUAAAAUAUUUAAAUUUAUUAUAACAGUGGAAAACUUUCGUUGUUAUUAUUUCUUGUGUUAUUCCUAGGUUUGUUAUAUCACAUUUGGUUCCCUUUUAAGUUCGUUUUAUUGGUUCUCCAUUGGUUCACACACUUUUUCAAACUAUUGCUGAACUUCUCCAAAGGAAAGCCAGAAACCAAAAAAAAAGAUAGAAUCCCAAAAUUUGCCUUUCGUGCAUUCUUGUCCCUACUCACAGCCUUUGUUCGGUCAAAACUAAGGUUAACUUAAUCUGAUUGAAUAAUAUUUAUACUAAAAAGAUCAAUUGCUCGCUCGCAAGAGGCCGCCGCUUCCGAUGGCGGGUAAAAGUUCUUGCUGCAUGUGCAUAGUUUUAUUUUAAAUUAUUUAGCUAUUGAAAGGAACUGUUGAGGCCAAGUGUUAUGUAAAUUUGAAACGAAUAUCGAUGAAAUUGAUUGCAAGCCAGUAAUAUUAGAUAAAAAAAACAAAUCAGAAUAAGCUUGAGUCGAACUGAGGCCGAAUCUGGUGAAAUAUAAAUAGUAGCGAAUAAGCUUCAAAUCAAAUUAAAUAUGAUUGGAAAUUUUUUUUAUUCCUAUAUUCUUCUACAUGGCACUUGUUUUUGUAUUUUUUAUUAUAAUUUUAAUAUUUUCCAACUCACACUACUUGUUCGAUAGCAACCAAAAAUAGCUUUAAAUUUGAACAGUGCUAAUACACUUGCCCUACUGUUCCCAGUCCUUUGCUAGUCGUCAGUCGGUAUUCAACUGAUUCCAAAUCAACACAAUGCAUUUCAUAUUUCAAGAUUUAUUUCCAUACACGGUCAAAAUCCCCUCCGUCCGCUAAAAAAAGGAAACUCAUUCCGAGCUCCCAUACUCAAGCUAUAAUCAUUCAUGUUCAUUGUCCGAUAACAUGCCGGGGGCCGGAGAAAAGAAGUUCGGGGGAUCAAACCUCCUACCUUUUCUGCAAGCAGAAAAGCGAGAAAUUUUUUUUUUUUAAGCCGGGACAUCAUCCGACUGUCAUCGCCAGGCCGAGAAAAAAAGCCUAACCCCCGGCGGUUUGUCAACCCCCAAACGAUUUCAAUUUCCGCUCCGUCAGGACACCGUACUAAACUAUCCUUUUAUAGUAUCGCAUACCAGAGCACAGCGCCCACACCGCAUCCUUUCACACCAACUCGAAUCACUCAUCGGACAUCAAUUCAGGCGUGUUCUACAUAUGUUGAACAUUUCCCGGUUCCUCGGUUCGUCCUUUCGCCUGCUGCGAUUGCAAAUUGUUACCAAAUUUGCACAUCUUUCCAGUCCGACCCAAGGUCACCCUAUCAGCCAAAACGGACACUCUCCUUUGUAGCCAGCCUGCCGUCCAUAAUCCGGAAUUCAACCCGUAGUUUAUUAUACAGAUUUUUUGAUGAUGUUCCGGGUAGGAUUUUGGUGCUUCACUUCCAGACAGCGACACAAAGGCAUCGAACGCCGGCCAAGUGUGAUUCAAUAACAGCAAUAUAAAAUAACAAUUUAUUGAUAUCAAUCCUUUCAUCCUCGCUGCCUACUGAGCCUAGUUGGGAUCACCCUUUUUUUUCUUGUUAAGCGUGCAUGUAUGUGCGGCAAUCGGUGGUUUUCGCUGCUAAAAAAAGGGUCAGGGCCAGGGUGAAAGUCCUCGCAGCCUGCUUGGGACAGGGUGGCAGACUAGCAAUCUUCUCAAGCGAGGAGCGAAGAUGACGUAAGGCAUUAUUUUGCUUGGCACCCUGUGAAAAAUUUUUGAUGUGGGUAUUUUUCCAGCUGCAUGCGAAUUAGAUUUCGCAACCGAAGGGUUGAUCUAUUUCGAUCCCAGACGAGGAAUCGAGGGAUAAAGGAUUCAGAUGAAUGUCAGCGGAUGGGCAUAAUUUACUCCCCGGUCAAGAGUGGUCAAGUGGUCAGGAUUUGAGAUGGGAUAAAGGAUUGAACCCCUUGAAACCGGCAAUAAAUAGCGACCGUUUACAACAAGGCAGGCAACUGAAUUAAAAAACGAUCGAAAUUUGACUGUAAUUUUCGCGAAAACUCUCAGUUUCAACAACGAAAUGAACGCACCUUGAUUCUAUCUGCAAAAGUCUAGGAGCAAAGCCCAAACUCAAACUCCUGCUGGUUGCUUCUCACUUUCGAACCGUAAACAGCCAGGAAGGACACAACCCCUGCCGGGUGACCUGUUCUAGUUUCGUGUCACAUACAUUCAGAGAACGUUAUGGGGAAGAAGAGAAAAAAAAAACCUAGACAAUCAGCAGAAGAAACAAACAAAAAAUCACUCGUGUACUCGUGUUUGCUAAUGUCAUAAAAACUUGUCCAGGGGUUUCAAGGGAACGAAAAACCGAUACGAAAAGCACAUCGCAAAAAAGUGGCCCAUUUUAAAUGUUCCGGAAUAAUUUUCUAAUUAUUUUACCACACCGAACCUAGGACCCAGUGCGUGGGUGUGUUGCCGUUUGCAUAAGUGUGCGUGCAUACCCUUGGUUGCAGUUCUGAAGGGUUGUAAACUUUCUCGACCGCUGACUGUACGGUACGGUACGGUACAAAAAUUUAUGGUUUAUUUGCUCACUAUUUAUGGCCACAACUAGAGCGGGAAAGCAGUUUUUGGGCCUACCAGCCAGAACCGGACGAAGGACGGCAAACUGUGCUGUCGUAAUGUUGGUUUUUGUGUAGAUGCGAAAAGUUGGCUUCCCGGGAAUCGGGCGAAGGAAACGGUAAAGCAAAGGAUACGGUUAAAUUUGCAAAAUUUCUAGCUGGUUUUCGAUGCACUCCAAGGUCGAUGCUCGAGGCUACUUAGAGUCUCAUCUAUACCAGCAGCAGUGAACGGAAAGUGAUUUAUGCAAGACUACAGCUUGUGUGCAAAUUUUUUAUUGCUCUGUGACAUAACGGUGACCUACCAGACAGAUUGAUAUUAAUGAUUCAUUCAGCAUUGGAGUGGGAUUUUUUAACCUUGAAAAUCUGUUAUUGGUUCACGUUUAACCUUUUUUAUAAUAGGUCUCAACAUAUUAUUUCUUUUCAGUCCGAUUACUUUUUACCACAGUUGAAUUGCAAAAUUUGGCAACAACAAUCUUCUAGUCUCUAUUCUUUUGUAACUUCUGAAGGUUCUUCAGCAGUUUCGAGAUUAUUUUCUGCAACUUCCGACGACAUCAAAUGAAAAUGUUUUAGCUCUUUUUCAACGAUAUUGAGCCCUUGAUUUCCUUUAUACACCUUUUUGCCCUCAACUGAAAUGUUUAGCCUCACUUUGGAUUCAUAAGCGCGUAAAAUUACGCCGCAAGCAACAUUCUGGGUGAGGGGUGCAAAUAAAAAUACCAAAAACAUCGUGAGCGUCACGGAAAAUGUCCAAAUUCAAAUGCUUAUAACUCAGUCAGUUUUCAACGGAAUUUCUUCAGUCUUGUAACAUUUAAUUGGAAAAAUGAUAAAGCGUCCGACAAGUGGGAAAAUCAUGAUUUUCUGAUUCUGAAAAAUGUAGUACCUUGUUUGGAAUGCAAAUUUUGUCCAAUCAGAGCUAAAAACAAGGUCAACUACUAGUCAAUGUGGUGAUUCUGGGAACCAGAAUGAUACUCAGAGGCUGGAACUUGAACCCAGACACUAUUUUGAAACUGAGUCUGCAAUAGCCGAAUGCCACCCAACAUGGAUAUUUCCGAAAUCAGAAUGAUGCUUAGAAACCGCAAAUCAACUCAAAACGCCAUUUCGAUGUUCAAGAUGGUUUCCAGAGAACUGUCAAAAAUGGCUGAACACCACCUAAUAUAGGUACUUCUGAAACCGAGAUGAUGCCCAGAGGUAGAAAACAGUCCAGUCAUUUUGAAAUCCAAGACAGUAACUUUCGGGUUCCGAAAAAAAGCCAAAAACGAUCAAAUAGCCCCAAUAUGGGUAUUUCCGUAAUCGAAAUUAUUAACAAAGGCCAAAAAUUGACCACUUAGACCAUUAAUUUUUGUAAAUCCAAUAUUGUGACUUCCGGUUUCUAUAAAACAAAGAAAAAAGAGAGAUGAAAUAGGAAUCGAGUGUAUUCCUCAAUGUGUUGCAAAAAUACGUUGAUAUAAGACAGGUUGCGGUCGUUUCUCAUACACAACCUUAAGUUUUAAGCAAUUUUGAAACGUUUUUCUCGCAAAUAAUUUUCAAUUUUGCUUUGCAUUUGAAAAUAUGAUCCUAAAUCUAUUGAUGUCAGUGGUACUAUCGUGGAAUCUCGACUGCAUCGAAAUUGUUCGUAUGGUUUAGUUCAUACCUGUGCAAUCGAUUAUUUCGUGUGAAAUCGGAAGCGAGUAUCUCAACCCCGUUUGUUAACUUGAGCGGUGUACCUCAAGGAAGCAACUCGGGGCCGUUGCUUUUUACAAUAUUUUGAAAAGAUGUGGGUAUUUUAUUUGGUGAUGGAUGUAAACUCAUAUGCGCGGAAGACCUGAAACGUCGUGGAUUGCAUAAAAGAUUGUCAUUGUUUGCAGCAGUUGCUGGAUAUUUUUGUAGAACAAUGCCAUCGUAAUGAACUGAUUGUCAGUGUUCCCAAAUGGUCUGUAAUGACAUUUCAUCGGAACUCGCAGCUUAUAAUGUUUAACUACCACAUCCAUGGAGUGGUUAAAGAGAUAAAUGACUGGGAGUGAUAUUAGAUAGAAAUCUCUCCGCUGCCAGUUAUGAUCCGCCGUCACCUUUAUGGCGAUCGAUGCAACCUUAUCAAUCUUGACACCCUAGCUCGAUGACGGAAAAUCCAGGAGUCAACAUUUGUCGCUUUUGAACAAUGGAGUAGAAAAAAAACCUAAUAAAGCUAGGUCAUUUAUGCAUGCUCCCUUAUCUAGUUCUUCAUCAGCCUUGCGGUCGUAGCUUUGCAUACAACCCUUUGUUUGCUUUUUGACGAUAAGGAGAUGCUCUAACAAAAACUGUGCAGUAACCAUCAACAUUAUUUUCGAGUGACUUCGACCCAAUUGAACUAUGGUCCUCUUCAGGGUUACCAUACAUUUAAAAGGAAUAAAAAUCUGAAAAAAAGUUCAAAAUUUAGCGCUUAAGACCAUCAAAUUGAUUAACCCUAACGUUUGCAUUACAGUCGAAUCGCUUUAUAACGACAUCUGAGGGGGCCGUCGUUAUAGAAAAAUGACGCAAUAAAACGAAUAAUUUUGAUGAAUAUGAAGCAGAAGGGACCAUUGAGAAUGAGCUAUAGAAAGAUUGGUCGCUAUCUAAUUGAUAUUCGACUGUACAUUUCGGUUGAUGAUGAAAAAACUAAGACAGAUAAUUGAGUUUGAUAAAUUUAAGCCCUUGCAGGCAGCCUUCCAGCAGUUAACCGGAACAUUCGCCGUGAGUUCUUUCUACGUUUUAUUCAUCAAUUUCUCGUCAGUUUUCGCGACAAAAUAGUUGGAGUAAAUCUUACGCUUCAGGUUUGAUCAGAAAUUCUCAAUGGGCCGCAGGUGGGGGACGUUGGGUGGGUUUUCCGACUGGGGUACCACAUCUAUUUUCAGCCGCUCCAUCUUCUUCAACGAUCGCUUCGAGUGAUGGGCUGACACCAAACCCGGCCAAACACCGCGUCCUCGCCCUUAUGGUAUUUUUUGAUGGAUGUCGCAACUUCCGGUAGGCACUUCGUACUGUAAAUAUCCCCAUUUACGGCCAGUUCGGAGUGAAAAGAGAGCGGCUUUGACAUCCCCUUAUCGCUGAUUGUCAACCACAGCAGCACUUUCUUGGGAAACUUGGUAUGUGAAAUGAACUUCACCUCGAAGCUCACUUCCUUCGUGUGGGAAGUAGUAUACGGUGUGCCCUGCCAGUCGUUGCCAUCCAAAGUGAGACAGGUCUCGUCAUCCAUCACCAUCGCCACGUCGCAAGUUGCCGGUGAAAUCGACUUGACAAUCCAUGUCCAUGUUCGCCAGGUAUAUUUUCACUGUUUAGUCGGCUACACCGACCUCCCGACCAAGCGCAGCGAUGUAGCCCCUUUUCCCUUGAUCUUUCUCUUCAGCAUCCUUCGAAGCUUCUUGUCGCUCAGGGUCGUCGGCCGUCCGGAACCGGACAUUCUUUCGAUGCUCUGAUUAUUGUCCAAUACUGCCAAGAUAUUGUCGAUUUCGGAACGGGCGUACCCGGCGUCUACAGGGUGCCGCACGAUAGCCGUUUUCGACACGGUGGGUGCCGUUCUUUGAACGUGCACACUUACUGUU